AUGACUGGCGGCAAAUCUGGUGGCAAGGCCUCCGGCUCCAAGAGCUCCGCUCAAUCUCGCUCUUCUAAGGCCGGGCUCGCAUUCCCAGUCGGUCGUGUCCACCGUCUGUUGAGGAAGGGUAACUAUGCUCAGCGUGUCGGUGCUGGCGCUCCUGUCUACCUCGCUGCCGUUCUUGAGUACCUUGCUGCCGAAAUUCUCGAGUUGGCUGGAAACGCUGCCCGCGACAACAAGAAGACUCGUAUCAUCCCCCGUCAUCUCCAGCUUGCCAUUCGAAAUGAUGAGGAGUUGAACAAGCUUCUUGGUCAUGUUACUAUUGCCCAGGGUGGUGUCCUCCCCAACAUUCACCAGAACUUACUUCCCAAGAAGACCGCGAAGGCUGGAAAGGGCCCAUCACAGGAGCUCUGA